AUGACGGAAGGUGGCUCCCACAAUCUUCGUCGACAAACUCCGUUCAAGUCCACAGCAACCUCCGACAACACGCGAGCCGAUGGGGACCCUUCGAACCGCAUACCGGAUUUCUACAUUUUCAACUCCAACCCUGACACGCUCAGCGAAUCAGAUACCUGGUAUCAUCUUGCGACAGGCAAGAUGGAGCUCCUCAACGCCAAUCUCGAAGUCUUCCUCGACUGGAAGUCGGCGCCGAACUCCCGCGCUCCGUCGCCGCUCGUCCUAUCUUUCACUCCGGCACCAACGUAUACGCUUGGCCGCCGCCAAAAGACCUUACUACCCGAGCAGCUGGAACGACUUCAACAGCCUUUGACUGUCAUCGAAGAGACGAAGGUCGCGGCAGAGGAGCAAAAUGGCGGAACAAGUUCAGGAGAGCAGCAAUUCACGCCCGAAGUCAUUGAGACAGAUCGCGGCGGAUUGACAACAUAUCAUGGACCUGGGCAGGUCGUCCUGUGGCCGAUACUGGACCUGCACAGCAAAUACUAUCCCCGCCUGACCGUCCGAUCCUACGCGCGACUUCUAGAGGAGACCACACAAGCGAUCCUCGCCGAUGGACCUGGGGUCCAGACGUACCUCUCCGAGGACGAUCCGGGAGUUUGGGCCGAGGCCGCAAGGCAGCGAACAGGAGGGCAGGAGCGCAAAAUUGCCGCCAUGGGUGUUCACCUUCGCCGUCAUAUCUCUGGGCUCGGCACGGCGCUUAACGUGGACGUUGCCGUCGACGGCGACGAGGCAUUCAAUCCUUGGGCGAGGUUCGUGCCGUGCGGACUCGAAGGUAAAACCGCCACCAGUGUCAGAGCCGAACUCGGCGAGGAUUCCUGGAGGCAGUUGAGUCUUGCUGGCGAUGGCAAGACGAAGAGAGAAUGGUAUGCUCGCCGGUGGGCCGAGGAGCUUGCAAAGCGCCUCGGAGUCGGCAUUGCGCCGACGACAGUGCAUCAACGACUUGGAUGA